AUGAAGAAUCGGCAAGAGACCUUCGUCGAAGACAUGGAGCGCUUGUACGAUGUGCUGGAGCGCGCCAACAGUCCGGCGGGGUUGCUGGUUGUAAAAAUGCGUGAGAUGGAGGAAGGCACCUUUGUUGGCAAGGUGAAGGCUGACAAGGACCUCGCCGCGGUGUCGAAGAAGUACAAGCUGGACGAGCAGGCCGAGUCCAAGCUUGCGGACAUCCUGGCGCGCUACGACGACGCGCGGCGGAAAGAGUACUUGAUCGAAAUCGAGAGGCACCUUGAGGUGUCGAAUAGGCCCUCGGCCAUGGCAAUGAUGCUUCUCAGGAAGCUUGGUGAAGGCCAGUCCCUGGGCAAGCCUGGGCAGCCUGCGCCCGGAAGUUAUCUGGACAACGCUCAGCGUGCUGCGCGUGGGGAAACUUCCCGGGGAGGGCGCGAGGACCGGGAUCGCAAAGACCGGAAGAGCCCCGACAGAGAUCGGCGUGACAAAGAUCGAGAUCGGGACAAAGACCGCGACAGGCGGCGGUCUCGCUCCCGAGACAAGAGAUCCCGGUCUCGAAGGAGAUAG